GCUGCCUCCUCCUGCCUUCCCUGUGCCUCCCUCCUGAGCGGCCGCUGCCUGCGGAGCGCGGGGCCGGGCCCGCUGCGGAGCUGCCGCGGUUUCCACCACAUUCUCAUUGGACACUGCAAUGGGCCCUCCCCAGCUCGGCCUCAAGAUGCUGGUAUAGCAGCAGGUGGCUGUGAUCCAGAGGACCUGUGGUGGGACACUGUUUCCCACUGGGACAUCCUUCCCCAUCCCUCUCUCUGCAGAAGCAAUGGAUGCCCAUGUGGACCUCCUGACUGAGCUGCAGCUGCUGGACAAGGUGCCUACGCUGGAGAGGCUGCGGGCAGCCCAGAAGCGGAGGGCUCAGCAGCUGAAGAAGUGGGCACAGUAUGAGAAGGAAAUGCAGCACAAGAAGAGGAAGCACGAAAAGAAGAGAAAUGCUGUGAACCGAAAGAAAGUGUCUUUUGAAGCCAGCGUUUCUCUGCUGGAGGCCUCUCUGAGGAACGACGUUGAGGAAGUAUGUUACUUGCUGAAGAGCAACAUCAGCCCUGACCUGUGCAAUGAGGAUGGAUUAACUGCGCUGCAUCAGUGCUGCAUAGACAACUAUGAAGACAUAGUCAAACUUCUCCUCAACCAUGGAGCCAAUGUCAAUGCCAAGGACAAUGAGCUGUGGACUCCAUUGCAUGCAGCAGCUACAUGUGGUCAUAUCAACCUGGUGAAGAUCCUCAUCCAGCAUGGAGCAGACUUGUUGGCAGUAAAUGCAGAUGGUAACAUGCCGUAUGACCUCUGUGAAGAUGAGCCAACUUUGGAUGUCAUUGAGACUUGCAUGGCCUAUCAAGGGAUUACACAGGAAAGGAUCAAUGAGAUGCGUGCUGCUCCAGAGCAGGUCAUGAUCUGUGACAUUCAUGACAUACUUGCGACUGGACAAGACCUGAACAGGACUGAUGCCCAAGGUGCUACACUGCUGCAUAUAGCUGCAGCCAAUGGUUAUCUGCAUGCAGCUGAAGUCCUUCUUGACCAGGGGGCGAGCCUGGACGUUAAGGACUGGGACGGCUGGGAACCUCUUCACGCUGCUGCUUUCUGGGGACAGAUGCAGAUGGCUGAGUUACUUGUGUCCCAUGGGGCUAGUUUGAGUGCCAGAACAUCUUUGGAUGAGAUGCCAAUAGAUCUGUGUGAAGAGGAGGAAUUCAAAGUAUUGCUUCUGGAGUUGAAACACAAACACGAUGUGAUCAUGAAGUCUCAGAUGAGGCAUAAAUCCUCCCUGAGCCGAAGGACCUCCAGCACGGGCAGCCGGGGGAAGGUGGUGAGGAGGGCCAGUCUUUCGGACCGAACAAACCUUUACAGGAAGGAGUGUGAGAAAGAGGCCAUCGUUUGGCAGCAGCUGGGGGCAGCAGAAGAAGGAAGAAACUCGGGUUUCAUUGGAGAAAUUGGGGAGACUCGGUCUGACCAGGAGAACACAGACCCUAACUCAGUGCUGGAGAACUCCUCCCUCCUUCCAGAGUUAGCAAACAAAAGCACCCAGUGUGACUCUGAGAUCCCACUCCAGAAUGGACUCAUGGCAUCUGCCAGCCCUUACCAGUACACCUUUUCCAACGGGGACGUUUGGAGCAUGCACGCUGAGCCCAGCAGUAACCCUGGCCACGUGCUGCCCUACGGCAGCCCUGGGCUCCCUGACACCCAGCAGUUCUGGGGCACCUACAAGGAGCACAACCACCAAACGCUCUCAGAACUGAAGAGGCAGCGGGCUGCAGCCAAACUCCUCCAGCACCCUUUCCUCAGCACCCACUUCAGCAGUGGCAUGGCAGGAGUUGCUGAGAAUGUGGGUGAGGCCAAGUCACACUUAAUCGAAUCCAGGACUUCUCCCUACAGCUCAAAUGGGACCUCAGUGUAUUACACAGUGUCCAGUGGCGAUCCGCCCCUCUUGAAAUUCAAAGCUCCCAUGGAGGAAAUGGAAGAGAAGGUGCACGGGUGCUGCAGAAUUUCCUAGUCUUGUCUGUGUCUCGCCCCAGAGAAAACAAGAUGUGAGUGGGCUGGUUGGAUCUAUCUCAGCUGCCAGAUUGUUUGCUUUCCAAAGGGAGAAUUUAGUUUUGGACAUCCUGACUGUGGCAGCCUCGUUCAUCCUGAAUUGUACUUUACCCUGCCAAUUACUUACAUUGCAGCUGAAUGAGUAAUGCAGGUGGAGCAAGGCUUUUAGGAGAGGAAGGGACAUCAAUAUGAUGUAAAAAGGAGUCUCCCUCAUCUUGCUCCCAGGGGGAAAAGGUAUCAUGCACUGCCUCCCCAUCCUUGGGAAGUCAUGAGAUGCCUUGGAACAAAGAAAGGAUCUGGAUUAAAAUCUUUGCAUCUGAGCCUCUUGCUGCAAGCCACCAAGGGGCUGGAAGGUGACAGUUCAGACCUGCAUUUUCACCCUUGGGUGAUGCACAUACCUUGGAGGGGAGGUCAACCCCCUCAUGGGGUUUGCAAGAGUGGACAGAGCUGUUUUCCAUUCAGCUGGAUCCAGCACUUCCUGGGCCUGAGCAACAAGGAAGUGUAGAUGCUGUGCUGAGGAAGUUUGCAAGGUAUUAUCUCCUUGCAGUGACAGCUCACCAUCAAGAACUGUGCACUGGCUGGGUCCUGUUCUGCUCGUAUCAGCUCGUCACUGCAGGCUGCCUUCAGGUUUGAAGCAGAACUUUUCCUGGAACAGGCUUCACUCAUGAGGCUUUAAAACUGAUGUUGCAAUAAGGGGCCCUGGCAAUAGAAUUUUACUGCAAUAAAAUACUGGCAAAGGUC